AUGCGCUCUGCCAAUGGUCCAGGUCAAUACGGUCAGGCUGGAUACGGAGGGCCAAAUAACGCAUAUGGACGACCACCUCCAGGUCAACAACCCAAUCCUUACGGUGGUGGCUAUGGAGGCGGAGGCUACGGUGGUCAAGAACGCUUUGCCAAUGCAAGAGCACCAUCUGCUAAUCUAGGCUCAAGUUAUGAUGCAAUGGUUGGCACUGGCAGUAAGAAUCGUAAUUUGGCAUACAAUACACAAAACCAAGGAGCUGAAGAUGAUCUAGAAGCAGAAUACGGUCGUGGUCUUCAACAGCAAGCUCAUAGCUAUGACGCACCUCAACAACAGCGAACUGCCGAAGAGGAAGAGGAGGAUGAGGUGGAAGCAGUAAAGCAACAGAUGCGAUUCACCAAACAAGAAUCAUUGGCAAGCACACGAAAUGCUUUACGUAUUGCUCGUGAAACGGAAGAAACUGCUUCCGGUACUUUGCUCAAAUUGGGAGAGCAAAGUGAUAAGCUCGCCAAUACAGAACGUCAUCUUGAUAUGGCAAAAGCACACUCUAGCAGAGCAGAUGAUAACACUGCAGAAAUCAACAGAUUGAACAGAUCAAUCUUCCGACCCAAUAUUGGAUUUAAUAAGAAAGCCAAACGUGAUGCUGAAGAAGCAAGAAUUAUGAACCGUCACAUUGAGGAACGUGAAGAACGUGAAGCAGUACGAGAACAAGCAUUACGUGCUCAAAACCGUAUGGAUCAAGAAUUGAGCGGAGUCGGAGCAGGUCGAUUUGGAAGUGGUAGAUUUGGAAUGGAUCGAUUUGGAGGUGGAAAUGCAAAGAAGGAAGAUCCAGCAAAGGCAAAGAUGCAACAAAGAAGUCGAUUUCAAUUUGAAGCAACGGAAAGUGAUGAUGAAUUGGAAGACGAAUUGGACAAUAAUAUGGAUGAGAUCGGUCAAUUGAGUUCCAAACUGAACAGAUUGGGUAAAGCAAUGGGAACAGAGAUCAAUGAACAAAAUCAAAGAAUUCAAAGAUUGGGCGAUAAAUCAACAAAUUUGGACACUCGUAUCUUUGCUGGAACGCAAAAGCUGGAGAGGAUUGGUAGAAAGUGA